GCAUAUCAAGUGUUGUGUUGUUAUUGAGUGGACAUCGAGUCCAGUGACCACUCAUUCAUCCAUUCAUUUCAUUCAUGCAAUCAUUUGACGCGAAAGUGAUUUCUUGGGGACAAUGAGUGCCGAUAAUUGUGUGCCAAACGUAUCGGUUAUGCAAUUGCCUGCACUUGUCUACAGGUUAUGUGCCAAACAAUCAUCACAUCAGGGAUCAGAUGACUUGUCCAGACAGUACUGGUUAUCAUCGGAACUGCUUCGGGCGCCAACUGGUCCUCAGGAUGAAUGCCAUGAAUUGUAUUUGAUGUCUAAAAUCAAACAAAAACUUUCGCGUGAUUUCCGCGACAGCGAAGGUCUUAGACUCGAAGAAUUGUAUCAUAAGUUGAAACGAAGUCCACAGUAUUGUCGAAACCCAAUCGCUUUAUUGGAGUUCUUGUAUCGCAUGUCCGGAUCCAGUGAAGAGCCAAACGCCGAUUCAUUGCAAUCGCUGACCAAUGGAUUGGAUCCGAUGACAAUACAACCCAUGUCUUCGAUAUCUCCAAUAUCUCCGAUGCGAACUAAUGGUGCCAUAAAUGGACAGAUGUUUCACGAUUUGGCGAGACUUCUGCCCACAGACGACAUGUCGAGCGCCAGUAUUAACCACUUUAUUGGUUCACCGACUCGACAGCUAAUGCGGAAGAAUAGGCCGCAGACAACACGUCCGCAUACAAUCCAUUUCGACUCGAAUAACUCGAAAACCAUUGUUUCCGAACAGGAAUUGAUUCGCGAAAUAUUGUUUGCAUUUCAAGGACUCAACGGAAAGAUAAUAACCGCCGACUCGUCUCGAGAAGGCAUUUAUGUUAUUAAUAGUCAUUACUAUAUCCCGGCGUCGCAGCAGAAGUUGGCCCUCAGACUCACACACAUGGGUUGGCUCUUCAAUAAGAUACAGAAAUAUUGCAAUUAUAUAUCCAAAGACAAGUCUAAUGGACACGUCUGCCAGUCCUUCGCGUCCGCACUUCAGGACGAGAUUCUUGAAUAUUACCGAUUGAUUACAGUUAUUGAGGAGCAGAUGCACGACAACCGCUCUGACGCCAGCCCUCGGGUCACUCUUCAUCGGCUCCAAGUGUGGAGUUAUGACUCAUUUUUCAGGCUUAAAGUGUUGGCCUCAUUGGUAGAGCAAUGCAAACACAAAUCGGGCGGCGCUUUGGCGAGUGUUGUCUACCAUGUUAUGAGACACGGAGACCCGAACAUCAGGGUAUGUUUAACUCGAAUACUCAAUCAAGUGGUGCUUCCAAUCCGACGAAUGUUAAGUCAAUGGAUAUUUCACGGAGAGUUAGAGGACUAUUACAAAGAGUUCUUCAUCGCCACCAAUAGACUGGGAGUGACGCAGACAUCGCCGUUGAGCUCUGCCUUCUGGCACGAGAGGUAUGUGAUUGUGAAGACACAGUUACCCGGAUUCAUAACCAAAGCACAGGCCGACAAAAUAGUGUCCACAGGAAAGGCUAUCUACUUAUUACAUCAGGUCUGUCGUAAUGAAGUGACAGCACAUAUACCCGGCAUCUCUCAGAUGAAGGAGUCCUUCGAGAGCUCUAAUUUGGAGUCACUUUUCAAUCGAAAGCAACUCAAAAAUGAAGAAUCAAAUCACUUCCAUAUACUUCUGGAAACCGCUUAUAAAGAGAUCAGUCGGACAUCGCUUAAGAUAUUGAAUGAGAAUUACAGACUUCAGGAUCACUUUAGAGGUUUGCGUCAAUACAUGCUGUUAGGUCAGGGAGACUUCGUUCGUCACCUGAUGGAUGUGCUGUCACCGCAACUCAACAAACCGGCGCAUAAGUUGGCCAGACAUGCCAUUGUGCAGCUCUUGGAGAGCGCCGUCCGCGCGACCAACGCUCAGUUCGAUGACCCGGAGAUUGUCAACCGAAUUGAUAUACUGUUGUCCGAGUCGGCCAUCAAUGACUUGGGUUGGGAUGUGUUUGCGUUGACGUAUAGAAUCGAUGGACCGAUUAGUACUAUAUUCACGAAUGAGAGCCAAAAAGUGUACCCAAAGCUAUUCAAACAUCUGUGGAGAUCGAAGCGAAUGGAAUACAUUCUGACCUCCAUUUGGAAAAAUCUUGUGUCUUGUAUUCCUCUGGAGAAACGGAUCCCAAAACUAAAGUUCGCCUUCACUUCAUUUCAUCAGCUGUUGUCGGAAAUGAUUCAUUUCAUUCGCCAAAUGGAGUACUACUUGACGUUUGAUGUGAUUGAAUGCCAAUGGAAUCAAUUGCAGACACAUCUCAACGACUCGCGUGAUGUCGACGAACUGAUCCGAUCUCACUGUCAAUUCUUGGAACAAGUGAUGCAUCGAUCGCUUUUGGGGACAUUGACUGAAGACAUAUAUUUACAAUACAGAGCUAUUUGUGAUUAUAUUCUUGAAUUCCAAACUCACGUGAAUAGCUUCCUGAAGGCCACCGACGCUGAGAUAUCGGCGCGAAUUAAGUUCGAAUCGGAACAAGAAUUAUACGAAAAGAGAGGCGAAUGGGGUAUUGUUGGCCUCGAAGACAGGGAUGAAGAGCACAGGAGAUCACUGUUUGAAAAUGAGACCAUCGCUAAAGUGAUCGCAUGGGUGGCAAUCGUCACCCAUAACUAUAGAGAUAAUGUCCAUAAGUUUCUGGUAAUGCUGGCCGACCAUCAGGACAGGGAGUUACAGGAGUUGAGCUCAAGACUCGACUAUAACGGACACUACAAGAAGAGAGAUAAACGACUCGAGACGUCGUUUACUUUCGCAUCACAUAAGCAAAGACUAUCCAUCGAUACGCCAUCAAAAUCUCAAUAA